AUGCAGGAUCAGUCUAUAUUUUUCGGUGCCUUUUUGGUUCUUAUUAUCCUGCAAACAGCAAAAGCGGAUAUUCCCGGAUGCCACUUCCUAGAAACUGUGAAUAUAACGUCUAGUCAGAGGCUACAAAAUGGCUCAUAUCUAUACCAGGACCUCAAAAUUCCAGUCCACUUGACUGGCCAAUAUGAUUAUAUAACAACGGAGAAGAGACUAAGACUAGGAAACGGGAGUGUACUGUUUUAUAGUACGGACACGGUCAAUUUUAGGGGAUAUGACUGUCUCCAUCCGAAUCAGUUUACUUCAGUCAAUACAGAGUCCUUUGUGGCUGCCUUCCAUCGUAGUUUGUAUUUUGAAGAGCCACCAUUAAUGAUACCAGGAUAUAAAGUGGGUUACUUCUUGAACUAUUUCUUAUUCGCCAAAUUCUCGUGGCUCUUGGCAUUAAGCCAUCAGUUGUGGAGAGGCUUUUCUUCGGUCAACCGAGUUGAAUCUGAAUAUAGCUUCGGAGCCUACAGCAUCUUCGCCUGGGGAUCGGCUGCUGUCCUGAUCGGAGUACCUUUUCUGAUUGAUCAGAUUUGGGAUGGCGAUCCCAACAAUUUGCAAUGGGUGUCCGGGUUCGGGUCUUAUUUAACCUACAUUAUUUUUGUGCUGAUGGUAAUACUAGUAGCACUGAAUACAACCCUGUUUAUAUUGACCACUAUCAGCAUUAUACGAGUAAAACUCUCACUGAGGCACUUCUCUGACCAGGACGAGAGGGCAAGGAACCUGAACUCUAGAACGCAAACGUUUAGAAUGUUUGCAAGUCUCUUCAUUGUCAUGGACAUACAGUGGAGUCUUCGCUUUACUUCAUUCUUGGCUCAUUGGAACUAUCUAAUAAUGAUAUGUCAGUACUGUGAUUCUUGCAUCGGGAUUUUUAUUUUUGUUCUGUUUGUCCUGAAGCGCAGCACUCUUAAUCUUCUUAAGGAAAGGUAA